AUGGCGACCCGACCAGUCUCCAUGGCGUCCAAGAACGAGACCACCCAGUCGGUGAGCCGGAUCACUCGCGAGGGGAAGAAGCUCACAUACACAUUAAGUGUAAUGCAACAACCUGAGCGCGCCCGAGCCUGCGGUGCCGGUGCCAAGUCUUCAGCCGACCGCCGCCCGGUCGAUCCUCCUCCCGUCGUCGAACUACGCAUCUUCGAAUCAGAUCCGACUAAUGACGCGCAGAAGACGGACAUCACCUUUGCCUAUAAUGCCAAUUUCUUCCUCUACGCCACUUUGGACUCGGUGCGCCACAUGGCUGCGAUGCGAGGCAGCGCCGCGCCGUCCACCUCGGUUCCAGUGCUGACGGGUGUGCCAGUCGCUGGAGUUGCCUAUCUGGACCGACCCUCUCAGGCCGGCUACUUCAUCUUCCCUGACCUUUCGGUUCGCCAUGAGGGCCGGUUCCGUCUCAGUUUCCAUCUCUACGAGGAGAUCAAAGACGUUAAAGAUGCCGACCAAGAUGCGAACACGCCGUUGCCAAGCCAAGCGCCCCGUUCGGCCUCCGCCCAGUUGUUGUCCCCCCAGAGUUACCUGCAUUUCCGCCUGGAAGUGCAAUCGCUUCCGUUCACCGUAUACAGUGCCAAGAAGUUCCCAGGCCUCGCCACAAGCACUUCUUUGAGCCGCAUAAUCGCGGAGCAAGGAUGUCGGGUCCGUAUCAGGCGCGACGUCCGUAUGAGACGUCGCGGGGACAAGCGAGAGGAAGACUAUGAGUACGACGAGGGGAGCGCGAACGUGUAUCCGCGGUCUGACCGAUAUACUACUCCCGACCGAUACGUCGCGCAAACCGUCGAACGACCUCGCUCCAACAGCAAUGGCAGUGUGUUGGAAUCCCCAUAUGGGUACGGAGGCGAGGUCAAACGGCGGCCUUCAGGUUCAGAAUAUGGCUUCCAGUGUCCUCCGCAGCCCUAUCACCGUCCGAUGCCACCUGCCCCGAUGCCUCAUACCCAGACACCCAGCUAUCAAUCUCAUCUCUCUUUCGGCUCUGCCCCCUCUCAAUACCCUGCUCCACACAUGCCUCCCACGCCGCCGCCGCCCGUGGCGCCAUCGGCCAGUUACUCGCCUCAUGCCGUCUACGCCAAUAUGCGCCACCCCUCCGUGGCCACCGAUAUGGACGGGACGUCCGCAGCCUAUCCCAUGGCAAACUCAGUACCUGAACCAAAUGGUUACCCUAAGAACACCAUCACUUCCUACCGAGUGGAGCCACCGAAGAUGCAGCAACAAUACCUGGUGCCCGAGGUCCCUCAGUAUCAGUCAAUCUCACAGGGUAUGACGUCCACAGUCUCGGCGACAACGCUUGGUCACCCGGCAUACCCACCACCAAGCUACAAACAGAUGCCGGCGGAAUAUGUUAAUUUGGACUCUGCAGUUGAUACAGGCUCACCUGGCCAGGGAUAUGACGCUGUCUCGGGCAAGCGGAUGCUCUAUCACUCCGGAUCGCUCGCGGGCAAGCGCACACACGAGGAUUCCUUUGGCAUUGAUGAACGGCCCAUGCAGAAUGGAAUGCGUCCAGACAUGGAUCCCUAUCCCAGUGCCUAUCGCGACUUCUCCGCAGAGAGCCGUGCUGCACUGAUGGCUGAGCUGGGCGCCGACAUGGCUUAUAAGCGGGCCAACGGACGGAUGGUCAUGAAGGCUCCGCCCACAGUCCAGUGA